CUUCCUUAGCCACCGCGAUUAUGCAGUGAGCAAUGCAGGCACGAACAGAAUUUUCCUCCUCCUUCUCUUCCUUAGCUCGUUGCUACAACAGCCCUAUUUGAAAAGAAUCAUCCUGACCGACUGCUAGUUCCUCAACAGUAAGGGCGUCCUGUCUUGUGGCAGGUCAAAACUCUUCACCGCUCUGACUUUUUCUUCCCACCUGCCCUGCAAGUUAUAGAUCUCUUGCUUAUUAUUAUAUCCCACUUCUUUUUCCUGCAUGGGAACCUGAACGCCCGGACGCCUGAACGCCUUGCAUAAACAGACAACCCAGCAGCACCACAAGCGUGAACCGUGAACCUCCAGCGCGGUCCAGAUUGGUCCUUUUUGUCUCGGCAGCCAAAUCCCUCAACUGGAUUUCCUUGGUCGGAACGCCGCCCUCCCCCCCCCUACCCGUGAAGAUCGCCCUGUCCUUUUUGAGAAGGGACCAGUGAGGAGCCGAUACGCCUGGACCUGGACCAAGCGCACGCAGGCGUACUGCCACCGCCAUGGCUGAGGAUCUAGACUCUGUCAGGGUCAUCCUGCUAGACAUAGAGGGGACCGUGUGUUCCAUCUCAUUCGUCCACGAUGUUCUGUUCCCAUACGCCCUUCAGGCCCUCCCCUCUACCCUGGAGACACAAUGGGAUAGCCCUUCCUUUGCUCAGUAUAGAGAGGCCUUCCCGCCGGAACACCGGACCUCGCCCUCCGUGCUCCAGGCGCACGUCGCGGACUUGAUGAGCCGGGACGUCAAGAUUGCCUACCUCAAGAACCUGCAGGGCUACCUUUGGGAGCACGGCUACGCGAGCGGUGCUCUCAAGGCGCCGCUAUUCGCAGACGUACCGCCCAGGUUCCCGGCGUGGAAGGCACGGGGCAUCGAGAUCAUGAUUUACUCGUCGGGAUCCGUGCCCGCGCAGAAGCUGUUAUUCAGACACACCGAUGCCACACAGUUCGGUGACAAGGGUGAUCUGACGCCCAUGAUCUCUGAUUACUUUGACACUGUGAAUGCAGGCCUGAAGACGGAGGUGGAGAGUUAUCAGAAGAUCGUUGGGAAGCAUGACAGGUUUCCUGCGGGGAACUGGCUGUUUCUGAGCGACAAUGUCAGGGAGGUCGAGGCGGCUAAGGCGGCUGGGAUGAGGAGCUUCGUUGUGCAGAGGCCAGGGAAUGCCGAUCUGCCUGCUGGCACGGAGGAGAGGCAUGAGGUCAUACACAGCUUCGAUGAGAUUGCCAUAUAGGUGGUCGGUCAGUUGUCGUCGUUUAAGAUCGCCGUCGGCGCCAGUGCAGUGUGUUGCAUCCUCCAGCGAACGAGCAUUCGAACGGAAAAAUUAUCAACGUCAACAUCC